AAACCGAAUUCAGCAAUUCGUAUUAUUGGAAUGAGCGCUACGUUAAACAAUUUGGCAGAAGUUGGUAGCUGGCUCCGCGCGAAGGUAAUAGAGACACAGUUUCGACCUGUUGAACUGCAUGAACGUAUCUGCUGUGAUGGUCAGAUUAGUGAUCUUAAAACCGGGGUGGCUAUCAGAAAUGUUCCAAAGCGGUUUCGGUUAAAGGACGAUCCACACUGUGUCAUAGGCUUAGCAGCAGAGGGGAUUUUUUUCCGGAAACUCGUACUUGUGUUUUGUUCGUCGAAGAGCGAUGUCGAAAAAGUGGCUCUUGAUCUUGCUAAAGUUUUGGAUGGCAUUUACCGCUCAAACGAAGUGAUCGCUUCAAGGGUGAAUCGUUCCGCUCUUCGAAGAGUGCAGGAGAAUUUGAAGCGAUCAGCUGGUAGUCUGGAUACCGUUUUGGCGCAAACACUUCCUAGAGGGGUGGCGUUCCACCACGCAGGGUUAACAGCUGAGGAACGAGAGUGUGUUGAAGACGGUUUCCGAUCCGGCGUGAUUUUGGUCUUGGUAGCAACAAGCACGCUUUCAUCCGGUGUCAAUCUGCCGGCUGGUAGAGUCGUUAUCAAAGCUCAAAUUCGAGGCCCUGCCGCAAUUAACGCGACAUCCUACAAGCAAAUGAGUGGUAGAUCUGGUCGAUUGGGAGAAGUGGAAAUAGGUAACACUACACCUCAUAACGUUUUUUGUCAUGUUUGA